AAGUUGCCAAGGUUGGAGAGCCCUGGUCCAGAUCAUUGAACGUUUCCCCAGGUUGAUUGUGGUCUGCAUGGUGCUGCUCUUGAGCUCCUACUGUCUCAGUCAUUCCCCUCGCUGGAUGGGGACUUUGAAUUUGAAAGGAAAAGCGGGUGGGGAAAAAUCACUUAGUUUGGUGGACAUGCUUGUCUUAAGGCAGUAUUUUUUUAAAAAAAAUUUCAAAUGUGGUCCUAGGACUUUUGGUGUGGGGGAGUGCGCCUUCUCGGGGAUCGUGGAAUUGAAAUUAUUUGCAGCCCAUGUUGAAAACCUCCCAUUGAACAAUUUUGAUAUACAGUAGCAGCAACCAAUACAUCAUUUUUCAUUUUUAAUAUGAUGAAUAUUGACUGAUGUAACCAAUACAAACAAAAACUCUUUCAGAAUCCUUGUCAUUUUAUAAGCAGGAAGAGAAAAAAAAUAACAGCCUUAGUAAAUGUUCCUAGAGUGGUUUGAGGAUCAAACUGGCCUCAGCGCACAAUAUAUUUUGCCUACUGCACAAAAUGAACUUAGUCCUUAUGUAUGGCAGAUUUAUGGAUGACCUAAGGAUCUAUGUGAAAGGUGGAACUGGUGGAAUGGGUUAUUCUCGCUUAGGUGGCAUUGGAGGAAAAGGCGGUGAUGUCUGGUUAAUAGCAGAUGAAAAAAUGACCUUGAAGAAGAUUAAAGAUAAAUAUCCAAAAAAGCGGUUUGUGGCAGAAGCAGGAACCAACAGUAGUGUUGCUGCACUGAAAGGUAAUAAAGGAAAAGACUGUGAAGUAAAUGUGCCUCCAGGAAUAUUUGUUACUACAGAUGAUGGGAAGCAGCUUGGUAAACUUGACAAAGUAGGAGAAAGAUUGUUGGUAGCCCAUGGAGGUAUUGGUGGAUGUCCUGUAACAAAUUUCUUGCCCACCCAAGGUCAGGUUCAGGCGAUACAUCUUGAUCUAAAACUUAUUGCAGAUGUUGGUUUAAUUGGAUUUCCAAAUGCAGGAAAGUCCUCUUUAUUAGCUAAGAUCUCUCGUGCCAAACCUCAAAUUGCAGAUUAUGCUUUCACAACAUUAUCUCCUGAAAUUGGAACUGUGAUGUAUCCUGAUCACAAGCAGAUAACAGUUGCUGAUCUUCCAGGAUUAAUAGAAGGUGCCCAUGCAAAUAAAGGAAGAGGCCAUAAGUUUUUGAAGCAUGUGGAAAGGACUAAACAACUUCUCUUUGUUAUUGAUGUGUCUGGAUUCCAACUUUCUUCUCAUACACCAUUUAGGACAGCAUUUGAAACUAUAAUGUUACUAGCAAAGGAGCUGGAACUGUAUAAAGAAGAACUUCAAACUAGAUCUGCAUUGCUUGCUGUGAAUAAAAUGGAUUUGCCUAAUGCUAAAGAAAAUUUUGAAAAGUUAAUGGAACAACUACAGAAACCUCAAAAUUAUUUACACUUGCUUCCACGAAAGAUGAUUCCUGAGGUCACUGUCAAAUUCAAGGAGAUAAUUCCUAUAUCUGCACUUACUGGCGAAGGAUCUGAGCAGUUGAUUACAUGCUUAAGAAAAAUAAUAGAUCAAGAAGCUGAAGAAAAGAUUGAAAGUUAUCAGAGGGAGCAACUCAGUGCAUUAUAUCUCUCAAAAAUAUAGCAACAGUUUUCAAUUAAACUAAUUCAGCAAGUUUUGUAAUUCUUCCUGUAAUUAAAUUCAUGAUUGGUUCUCUUUCUUAAGCAUAAAUUCUGUUCUUGUAAAAUAGUAAAAACAUAUGCAGAUUUUAAAGUUAUAUAUCUCACGAAAUCUGUAGAAUAAUUAUUAAAACAUGUAAAUAUGUACUUUUAUAUAUUGA